AUGUCUUCUGGAAAUGACUGUCAAUCCAAGACAUUCACCAAACCAGCACUUGGUGAAAAAGAAGCGAUUGAAUUGGUUGACAGAGUGUUUGGAUUAAAAGUGUCUUGGAUCAGGCCGCUCCCCAGCUAUGAGGAUCAGAAUUUCCACAUGCGCAUCUCAAGAAACAAAGGUGCGGGUGAAGGUGCUGAUGAGUAUGUCCUCAAAAUCACUAAUUCAGAAGACAGCCAGGAGCCUGACCUCAUUGAAGCGCAGACCCGAGCCAUGAUGUUUCUCAGCACUGAAGGCUUUCCUUCAGCUACUCCUUAUCUUACAAAAGAUGGUAACAUAAUGUCUCUGGAGUCAGGAGAUACUGGAGCUGGGAACAAAAAGUACAUGGUCAGGCUGCUGACUUACCUGCCGGGUACGCCCGUAGCAAAAAUUGCUACAAAUACUCACAUUUUCUUUGAGAUUGGUAAACUGGCUGCCAGUUUGGAUAAAGCUCUUUCAGAGAAAUUCCAUCAUCCAUCAGUAAAAAGUCUGCAUCGAGGUCAGUUCAUUUGGAACCUGGCGAAUGUUCCCCUUCUAGAUCAGUACGUUUAUGCCUUGGGCCAGAACAAAUAUCGAGAAGUUGUGGAGCAAGUUAUCGAGCUGUUUAAAGGGAAAGUAAUACCCAAGCUAAGCAGUUUUCGAGCCUGUCUCAAUCACGGAGAUAUUAAUGACCACAACAUUCUCGUAGAGCCCAGUUCUGCUUCCCUGGAGAAUCCUCAGUACCGGGUGUCUGGCAUCCUGGACUUUAGUGACAUGAGUUAUGGGUAUUUUGUGUUUGAAGUUGCCAUAGCUAUUAUGUACAUGAUGAUUGAGAGUCCUGAUCCCCUGCGUGUUGGGGGGCACGUUCUGGCAGGGUUUGAGAGCGUCCUGCCCCUCACUGAGGAGGAGAGAGGUGCCCUCUUCCUCUUGGUGAGCGGGAGGUUCGCCCAGUCCCUCGUCAUAGCAGCCCACAUGGCCCUGCUGUACCCGGAGAACGAGGAGUACCUCACGAUCACCGCCAAAACCGGCUGGAAACACUUAAUGACAAUGUUUGAGCUCGGCCAAGAAGCUGUAGAGAGGAUAUGGUUUGAGACUGCCCAAGCAUAUCCCAGCCACCCCCCGGCCCGGGCGAGCAGCGGCUGCUGA